GGAAUACGGCUUGGUGGGCGGUUUCCCGCGCCGAGCGCUGAGCUGGCCGCUGCGCUGCCGCCUCGCAGCUGCGCCGGGCCGUAGCCGAACCCCGCGUUCCGGAGUCGCCGCAGCCCGCGCGGCUGUUGAGCCCAGCGCGCUCCGCGGUGUCCAGACCCGGCGCACGGGGAGUCGGGGGCGCGGUCAGCUCGCUGCGCGGGGCCCAGGGCUGCCGCCGCCUCCCCCAACGCAAGGUGCAGCAGCUGAGUGAAGCCACAGACGCCCUGGUCUCUUGCCUGUUGUCCUCAUGAGGAAAACCAACAUGUGGUUCCUGGAACGACUUCGGGGGUCUGGGGAGAACGGAGCCAGCCGCGGGGUGGGUGGAGAGGCUCGGGACAAGGCCUCCAAGGGUCCUCUUUAUAGCAACGUGCUGACUCCGGACAAGAUCCCCGACUUCUUCAUCCCACCCAAGCUGCCCUCAGGCCCCACAGAGGCUGAAGGGCAGGCGGACCUGGGCCCAUCCACCUCAGAGCAGAACCUGGCCUCGCCUGGGCCCCGCCGAUCGCCUCGCAGCCCCAGGCUGCCGGUCAAGUUGGCCUCGGAGAGCAGGAGCCUGCUGAAGGCAGCCACACGGCACGUGAUUCAGAUAGAGAGUGCAGAGGAUUGGACAGCCGAGGAGGCCACCAACGCCGACCCCCAGGCACAGGGUGCCAUGUCAUUGCCCUCUGUGCCCAAGGCGCAGACGUCCUAUGGCUUUGCCACACUGGCGGAGAGUCCCCAUACCAGACGCAAGGAGUCCCUUUUCCACAGUGAGCACGGGGCCCUGGCCCAGGUGGGCUCCCCUGGCGCCGGGCGCCGGAGAGCCGGUGCCAAGGCCAAUGGGGGUGAUGGGGGAUCCCGGGAGGUUGGGGGGACCCUCAUGAGCCCUAGCCGCUACUUCAGUGGCGGGGAAAGUGACACGGGGUCCUCUGCGGAGUCCUCCCCCUUCGGGUCCCCUCUGCUCUCUCGCUCCGUGUCGCUGCUCAAGGGCUUCGCCCAGGACAGCCAGGCCAAAGUGAGCCAGCUGAAACAGUCCGUGGGUCGCCAUGGCUCCCUGUCUGCCGACGACAGCACGCCAGACACCAGCCCAGGUGUCCGUCGCCGCUUGACCCGCAGGGCCACCCCGGAGCCGGGCCCUGAGUCUGGCCAGGCCCCACGUGGAGAGCACACAGUGCGGAUAGGCACCAGGGGCAGCGUGAGGCUGCUGGCCGAGUACGAGGCGGCUCAGGCCCGCCUGCGGGUGCGCCUGCUGGCGGCCGAGGGUCUCUACGACCGGCCCUGCGACGCCAGGAGCAUCAACUGCUGCGUGGGGCUGUGCCUGGUCCCCGGGAAGCUGCAGAAGCAGCGGAGCACCAUUAUCAAAAACAGCCGCCACCCCAUCUUCAACGAGGACUUCUUCUUUGAUGGCCUGGGCCCGGCCAGUGUGCGCAAGCUGGCCCUCAGGAUCAAGGUGGUCAAUAAGGGGAGCAGCCUCAAGCGGGACACACUCCUGGGGGAGGAGGAACUGCCACUGACCUCUCUGCUGCCCUUUCUGUGAGGUCACCGGCUCCUCCCCUCCACACUGCGCUCAGCGGAGGGGUGGGGUGGGCGUGCCCUGCGGCCCUGCGUUCCCUGGAUCUCUCUUGUUGCUCUUUUCUUGGGAGAAGAUGGGCCGCUCUCUAGACCGGCGCUCCCUCUUCCACCCUAUGAUACUGCUUGGCCCAUCCACGUAGAGUUGUGGGGGUUCUUAGCGGUCCCAGGAUCCCGGUUACCUGAGGCUGCUGGGACUCGGAGAUGAGUUCCCUGAGUGGGGAACAUUGUUUUUUUCCUUCGCUGCAACAGGGUGUUUUUCUCCACAGCAUGGGUGCCCAGAGACCUCCCAGUCUGAGGGAGGUCAUCCUCUCUGGCGAGGCUGGCUCCAGGUAGGCCCAGGCUCCCAAAUUCUGGCUAAGGAACCACAGGAGGGCUUGGCCUUCAGGCCGGCACAGAGGAGACUGGCAGGCCAGAGCGCACCAGGAGCGGAGGGAUGCGGUGCCAAGGCUCCUUUGCAUAGGCUUCCCUCCACUCCUGCUGACCAACCAGAGCCACCUGUAACUCGGAGCUUCUGCCUCAAGCCUGUGGCUCCUUUCCCAUCCUGCGAGCUAAGCCUUCCCAGGGUGCCCUUGGCCAGCAGCUCUUUGCUCCGGAGUGUAAAUAGUGUGUGUGUUGGGGGGAGGGCUCUGGGCUGUGUGUGUGUGGCUUUCCUGGACAGGAAACCCUGGUGGGUUGGGACACAUGGCUGCUGUACUUCACACAGACUCAGAACAGAAUGGACUGACUGGUGGGCGCUGGUGGGCCGGGGGACCCUGCAUCUCUUUCUCUGUUGCUGACUCCUCAGACUCUGAAAGCCGCCCUAGGAAAGGGCAUGGAAGCUGAUUGCUUGGACCCUUGAGGCUGACUGGCACCUUGGAGUUGACUCCUUCCCAUGCCCUGUCCCCGUGGUCUCUGGAACUGGGCCACACCAAACACCUGGGCUGGUCAAUAGCGGGGGAGGGCAGAGGGUCUCAGGGGGUCCCCUGCUGUUUUCUAUCUCCCGUCCCCUAUGCUCUGUGAGGUCCCGUUUUCUAUAUCCUGCACUGUUUGAUACCUUUGUGUUUGCUGCUGACUGUAUGUGAAUCUUUGAGACACCGUCCCCAAAUGUGUUUGUUUAUAAUGCCGUUUUUAGUGCAGUAAAGGUGUUUGGGGAGUGCGGGGGGG